AAAAAAACAUUUUGUUACACAACACACACAAGACACUUCCUCUCUAAUCCCUUCCUCUUCUUCUUCUUCUUCUUCUUGGCCCAAUCACGUAGCUUUCGCUUCUCCCUCUCUCGAAGUUUUCUCGUACAGUUCAGGCGCAGAGCCUCCUCUUUCUCUAUAUAGAAAACUUGCGUUUUUGGUUUCAUCUCUCUCUACUUCUGCGGUUUGUUUUUCCGGCUUAUUGAUUCGGUGAAUCGCCACUGUAUGGGCGUUGAUGGCUCCAUGCGUUAAUAUCGGUACAAAUUGAGGAUCUCUUCUUGUUAAUUAGUCUGUUCUAGUCUAAUUCAACUGUUGAGGUUUAGUUGACUCCAAAUUCUUUUGAUAUAAUAGACUUGUUCUUAGUUGGAACCUCAGUUUUUUCUUUCUGUAGUUGUUUUGUUUUUUUGUAUACAACUUUUUAGGGUUUGGUUUUCUGGGUUGGGUAGGGAUUUUCCAUGUUUACCUCGUUUUACUCGUCUUUAUUCACGGGGUAGUCUUGUAAUUUCAUGGGACUGGGGCGGAUUGUCUUGUUGGUAUAGAGAUGGGGCCUUCGUAAUCGUAGCAUAAGAAGCUCUUUUAUCUCUUUAGGAAAACUGAAAAGAAGUUAUAACUGCUUUCUAUCAGAAGUAAUUUUAAAUAGAAAUUGAUUUUGUGGUGAUAAGUUACAUUUGAAUUUAUUGAUUAAUUGUUUGAUUGGUGAAAUUGUUUUUGAGUCAAAAGUUUGGAUGACUUAAAGUACAUAGUGCACAAAGGGAAACAUACACAACUCUAAUUGCAGUGUAUAUAGCAGUUUUGAAGAAUUGGGUUUGGAAAUUUUUGUUAAUGGAAAUAAUAAAGUGAUUAUAGAAGUUCAGUGAGACAAAAUUGAAGGUAUAUUGGUUUGACGAUAUUUUGGUUCUACAUUUGUGGUUGGAUACUUCACUUAAGACUGCUUUGAAGUGAGGAUUUGGUGACGAAAGUGAAUGGAAGUGAUAUUCAGUUGGUCAUUUGAUCCUUAUUGUGGGUGGAUUGAGUAGCUUAACACGAUCAAGAAAUUGGUUUUUUUUAUUUUUUUUAUAUGAUCAUGUUUAGAUACUGUUAUGGAUAGAAGUGAGCCUGCACUAGUACCAGAAUGGUUGAAAAGCGGUGGAAAUGUUCCUAACGGUGGUAACCCUAGUCAUUUUUCUGCAUCAGCAUCACUGCCCUUUGGAAGCUUACCUAGGUCUCAUAUUGGAGGAAUAGUUGAACAGAUGCAAUGGCCAAUGCCAGUGACCUAUUGGAAUAAUUAUUAUCAUCCUGUAUCAAAGCACUCGCAGAAUAAGUCAUCUCUGAGUGGCAUUGAUCAUGAUACACGGCGUUUAUCAAUUUUGGAAAGAACGACAUCUGCCUAUUUUCGUCAGGGUUCUAGUAGCAAUGGUUCUGUUCAUUUGCGAUCUACGAGUAGUUUAGGCAGAAGUCAUCGUGAUAGGGAUUGGGAAGAUGUAAGUGGUUACUGUGAUAAGGAAAAAUUGGUUUCAGAUGACAAUAGACACCAUGAGCAUUUGGAUCCUUCAGGCAACAUUUUCCCAAGUAAACUUGACAAAGAUAAGUUACGCCUCUCACAGUCAAUAAUAACAGGGAAACAAGAUGAUACCUGGUCUAAGAAAGUAGCUGGUGACUUGAUUAACCCCCAAAAAAAUAAACACAGCAAUAGCAAUGGCAGUGGCAUACUUGCUAGGGUUGGUGUUGGUGCUGUAAAUGAUACUGCAUUUGAACAGGACUUCCCAUCACUAGGAGCUGAAGAAAGACAAGUUGGUAUAGGAAGGGUACCUUCUCCUGGCUUAAGUACAGCAAUUCAAACUGGCACAUCGGCUAUUGGUGGUAGUGAGAACUGGAAGUCAGCACUAGCAGAGGUGCCAGUGGUUAUGGGAAACAGCAAUUUGGGUCUUGUAUCAGCCCAGCAAGCUGUUCCUGCAACCACAGCUACUGUGGUUCCAAAUGUUACUAUGGGACUGAAGAUGGCUGAAGCAUUAGCUCAGGGCCCUCCUCGUGCUCGUACACCACCACAGUCUACUGCCGGGAUACAAAGGUCUGAAGAGCUGGCUAUACGGCAGUCCAAAUUGAUUCCUAUGACUCCUUCCACACCUAAAACACUGGUGGUCAGCCCUUCAGAGAAAACGAAAUCCAAGAUUGGCUCAGUCCAAUUUGGCAAUCAUUCUCGUGGUGCUGCAAGAUCUGAUGCUGCAAAAGUAUCCAAUGAAAGCAGGCUUCAGGUCCUCAAACCAUCACGAGAAUUGAAUGGCAUCUCUUCAGCUGUGAAAGAUAUCUCAAAUCCUAAUGGAAGCAAGGGGCAGAAUAAUUCACUUGGAAUCGCUCCAUUGGCUAUUGGAUCUGUUCCCUUGAGGAGCUCAGGCAACAGUCCAAACCAUGCCAGUGCUGAGUGCCAUUCUUUUGCUUUCCGGCGGCCAACCAUGGAGAAGAGACCAACAUUGCAAGUUCAGAGCAGGAAUGAUUUUUUUAAUCAUCUAAAGAAGAAAUCGUCUAUACAUUCUACUUCUGUGGCCUCAGAGUCCAGUCCUAUUUUAUCUUCAUCCAUCUCAGAGAUGUCUGGGGAAUCGGCCAAAGUUGUUACUGCUCCAGUUUCAGAUCAAGGUGGAGAUUCCUCUUCAUCUGUGGCUAGCUUGUCCUGUGACGAUAGUGGUAAAAUGGUUUACAAUGGAGAUACUUGCUCUGGGCCUCUUCAGUUUGACAAAGGAGAGAAGGAUUCAUGUUCUGAUGUGAUUCCUAACCCAGACGAGGAAGAGGCUGCUUUCUUACGUUCACUUGGUUGGGAUGAAAAUGCUGGAGAAGAUGAAGGCCUUACUGAGGAGGAGAUCAGAGCUUUCUAUGAGGAGUACACGAAAUUAAGGCCUUCAUUGAAACUUCAUGGAAACCGACCGGCAAUGACACUUGACUCUCACAAUAGUACUUGCAGUUUUGCUUCAUCUGCACUUAGUUCAUCUGAUACAGAUUCGGAUUCUUGACUCCCCAGAUGUCCCAACUGACUUGGAAGUUUGAAUUGAUUGCUGGUUGUGAUUUCUUUUGUUCUCUUUGUUUGAUAACAAUUGGGUGUUAAAAGGGAGAAGGUAGGGAAAUAGGAUGAUGCAUUACAAUAUGGAAUGAACUAUUAUUCGAGUAGGCUGAAGAUAAAUGAUGUGGUCGCUCUGCGUUUUUUAGCUUAGAUUUCCUUGAGGUGUAAAGGCUGAGAAGAGAAAGGUAAGGAAUAGCGUUGUCUGCUGGAAAAAUAGGGCAUAAGAAAUUUGGGUCUCUGUGGGGAAUAAUUCAACAAUAGAUUUGUUUUGUCAAUUGAGAAAGAAAAGGAAGCAAGAAAUUACUAGUUCUUAUUGGUUUUCUCAGCUGUUUCAAUUUUUAUUUUAUUUUUUUUUUGGAUUUAUAUUUCAUGGUUAUAUAUGGAAAAAUAGGCAAUUAUUACUAGAUAAA